UUAUGCUUUACCUCUGAAGAGACAAGGUUAAAAUCAUUCAUUAAUUCACUCUCUCACACAGGAAGGUAAUGAAGAAUCUUCUCACUUGCAUCAUUCUAGGUCUUGGAUUGGCAAUUUCUUGUGCAGAUGGAAAAGGAACAUUUGGUGAAUCAAUACGGAACUUUUUUAUGUGUAAGGUCUUUACGGUGUUUGGCAGCAAAUGUGAACGAUAUCCCCGGCCAGGAUCAAAUAAUAUUAUUUCUGAGAAAAGUCCCUUUGACUCCCAACUAGAAAAAGUGCAAAAAACUCUCAAUUCAAAUAAUUGUUCAAAUGAACAAAAAACAGAAAAGAAUUUAUACUGCUCAGUGAUGGGUCCUGCCUUGAUCUUCUUGAAUCCUGUUGGUGCUAGUGACAUGCUUACUGAAUCCACCCUGAAAGACUCAGUGGAUUCCUUUGAAAAGCUUUUUGAUAAUCAGUCUUAUUGGGAUAAUAACGUAAAGAAGGAUUUUGUCACAAUUUUGCCCAAGAUUAUGGACUACAUAAGCUUAAGUGCACUAUUUACAGCUCUUGCAAAUCCAGGAAAUACCUCUCGAACAGUGGUUCGAAACUUCACUGUGAUCCAAACAAAUCUUAUCAGUCCGGGAUCCUUUGAAAAGAAUGAAACACUGGAGUUAAAAGCUCAAGGAGAUCAAAUGGUCAUCCAUCCAAGAGCAGCGACUGCCACGACCACAGAUACUGUUGCUGUGGCUUUUAUAUCGGCUGGUGGGCUGGAAUCACUUUUAAAAGAGACUCUAGUGCAGAAUGGAACAUUCCCGGACAAUGAAAUGCUGACAAAUGUUCAUAUGAACUCCAGGCUGGUAAGCGUUUCUGUCGGGAACAAGAUACAGGAUAUUUCUACCCCGGUCAAUCUCACUUUUCAGCAUCUCAAGAAUAAAGUUGCCCAGGAAAAGGUUCUCUGUGUCCAUUUGAACUUCGGUGCCUUGUCCGAACAUGGCUGCCAGCAGCUCUUUUCUAACAUCACCCACACAGAGUGCAGCUGUCAACAUCUGUCCAGUUUUGCUGUACUGAUGGCCACAACUCAUAAACACGGAGAUCUGAUCCUCACCAUUAUUAGCUACCUUGGGUUGUCCAUCUCAGUCAUCUGCCUCUUCCUGUGUAUUGUCACAUUCCUCUUCUGCCGCUCCAGCCACAACAACAGCACCUUUAUCCACCUACAAUUGAGCUUCUGUCUGUUUUUUGCAGACCUCCUCUUCAUAAUUGGAAUAGAUAAAACAGGCAACAAGAUCCUGUGUUCAAUCAUAGCUGGAAUGCUGAAGUAUCUUUUUUUGGCCUGCUUUGUCUGGAUGUUCUUGGAAGGUGUCAAUCUCUACCUCACUGUCAGAAACUUGAAAGUUGCAAAUUACAGCGGGACCAGCAAGUAUAUGAAGAUAUGCAUGUACCUCAUUGGUUAUGGGUUUCCUGUCCUGAUCGUAGCUAUUUCUGCAACAAUUAACCCUGGAGCCUUUGGGACACUUUAUCGCUGCUGGCUUAACCCAGAUUUUAUCUGGAGCUUUAUCGGACCUGUCUGUGCAAUAAUUGUGGUCAAUUUAGUGUUUUUUUGUCUUAUUCUGAGGAAUCUUCAUAAAAAAUUGGCUUCUCUCAAUUCAGAGAUAUCUUCAAUCAAAAAUACCAGGUCACUGUUAUUUAAGGCCAUAGCCCAUGUGUUCAUCCUUGGUGUGACCUGGUGUUUGGGCCUCUUUCAAUAUGGCCCUGUGGAAGACAUUAUGGCAUAUCUGUUCACCAUCACCAACAGUGUGCAAGGAAUCUUCAUUUUCUUGGUGUACUGCUUACUCAACCAAAAGGUGAGAGAAGCAUACUGGCAUUGGAUCUGCUGCAUCAAUGACAGUGCACCUGAUGUCUCUGAGAUUAUUGUGACCUCUUUUCCCAUCAUCAAUCCUUCAGCAAAUGUACGACGUACUCCUUCAGUGGUUAGCCAGAAAAUAGAAUGGGGAAACCCGACAUAGCUCACUGUCUCUUUUUUGGACUCUUCCGUUCAGUUUGAACAAAACUGAAGAAAAAUUGAAUAUAUUAAACCCUUGUUGGUUCUCAGCCCUUUAAUGUAACUUGAAAUCCAGACCCAUGUUGGAAAGAUUACUUUCAACUCAUAUCCUAUUUUCAUUGCCAUUUUUGCUCUGUUCUCUCUGUAGUAUUUAGUGUAUAUAGUAUAUGCUAUACAUAGUAUAUAUAGUAUAGUAUUCAGCUGUUUCACAUUCAGAGUAUUUCAAUUUUGCAAAAGACAUAUUUAAAAUGUUUAUUCAACCCUAAUACAGCACGUUUCCCUAAUACAGCACAUUUCUGUACGUUGCUCUUUUAGAGACUGUCAUGUUUACUAAGGCUGAACAUGGGUUGAAGGAACACAAAGGAUGUGCCAACAUAACAAGUAUCUUGACAGCAACAUUCCUCUGUAUAAUGAGUGUGUACUUUUAAACCAAUCAAUAGAUUCUUUUUUGUGCUGCCAAAAAAGUAUUUAUUGCAGUCCUAAAUCCUUAUCUGUGGUAAAACAAACACAUUGAGAACUACAGACAUUGCUGCUUAGAGAAGGAAAACCCAACUGAAAUAGUCCAGAGAGACAAAAUGCCAGUUUGGAAAUGAUCCAGGACUGGUCAGUUUUCACAUCAAAAUUCAGCUAGGUUAUCCAAGAAAGCCAAAGCACCAUACAGUUAGGCUAGAAGGAGGUGGGCUAUGUCUAUGGAUGGGCAUGUGUAAUGUUGAUUGCUACAAAGAGCCAGUCAAGCCACACUUUCCUUUAUACCAGUGGUUCUCAACCUUUCUAAUGCCGUGACCCCAUAAUACAGUUCCCCAUGUUGUGGUGACCCCCAAGUGGGUGUGGUCACCAAUAAGGGAGUAGGACAGCUAGGGAAAAGGAAAAAAAUGGCGGACAGCGUGGUUUGGCGACCCCAUGAAAUGGUCAUUCAACCCCAAAUGGGGUCCCGAUCCACAGGUUGAGAACCACUGCUUUAUACAGACCAUAUUUCUACAGGAUAAACCAAUUAGAAUGGAUUAUUUUGAGACAUACUUCUUACUUUCAAGUGGAUGACUCAGCUUCCUUGUUCUUCUCUUCUCAACUUGUGGUGUCUUCCUGGGUUUGGGAUUUACCUAACUUAGCUUCUGUAUCAGCUGACUCAGCCUGCAUUGAGCCUAUACCUCCUCUCUUCAGCCAAUUCCUGUGGUUGAGGCUGAGGUUCAGAUUGGUCAGCCUCUUCUACUUCUGAACCAGAAGACUCAGAGUGAUCCUUAACAGAUUUACAGAUUUAAAAAUUAGAAGAUUCUACAACCAAGCUGGUACAAAAAUAGUACAAUUAAUUAGUAAGAAACAACUGGAUCCUUUCAAUCCUAUCAAUCCAGAUGGAUUUGAAUAUUUAGGAAUAGUUUAUAAAAGGUUGGUGUUAAUUUUAAACUGCAGUCAACAUCUUUCUCUGUAUAAUUAAAAAUGGAAUUUGUGUCAUAGCAACUACUUUCAUUAUUAUUGCUUGUAGGAAUAAAUCCUUGCUAAAAUGUUA